CUAGUGCACGUGCAGGGGUCGCAUUAUUGGCAUGGCUUGAGCAACUCUGGUGUGACCCUGGAUAAAACAAACAUCCUUCUCUAAGAAUCCAAAACUCUGGCCUCAGUGAUUAAUGGGCUUAUGGUAGAGGCACUAGGUGCCUUGAGUUGAGUCGCUGUUGGGGAUCAGCAGGAUUUGGGCGGGCACUCAGUUCAGGGAAUCUAGCUUUCAAGGGGUCCUUGCGGCGCCAUGAGCCAACUAAGAGCGCGCCUCCUGUCUUCUUAGUGAUCAUUGGCUGGGCAGAGGUGAGUGACGGGUUCUGGGCCAAUGGGAGGUGGGUUAUCACCACACUACUUCCGGCUGUGCUUUAAUCUCGCCGCGCGCUGUGGCCGUCUGUCUCCGAGGGAACCACCGGAACCUGCGCCGCACAGGCUGAACCGCGAAAGCCAAAAGCGCUGGUUUCGUAGGCUCUGGGCUCUGACACCGAGCUACACGGCCCGGCCGGCCCUUGUGGGUGGUAGGAUCCUCUAUCUCGACCUGCGCUCUCGGCGGGACAAGCUCACAUAGGGCCGAAGCGGCUGCGCAGGUUCGACCGAGCUUGGACGCGAUUGGACGGGACUGCAGGACAGCUUCAACUCCGGAAGGGACAACGACGUGGCAGCGGGUCCCGGAGAACCUCCGGGGUGUUGGCCCCCGACCCUGCCCCGCGAAGCGCGGGGCAUGGCGGGGGCGCACCCAGCCGUCUGGUUCGGCUUCGGCUUCUGCGGCUUCGGGCAGGUGCCUGGCUCCGGGAGUGGGCGCCAGGUUCUCCGCCCCGAGCGACUGCUGGACGCCGACAUCUGCCGCGUGAGCGCCGGCUGGAGCUACACGGCAGUGCUGACCCGUGCCGGUCGGCUGCAGCUGUCGGGCUCGGCGGACGGCGGGGCGGGCGGCUGCACGGACGUGUGGGCCUCGGAGGAUCUACUGGUGCUGCUGCGCUCGCGGCCGGGCCCGGGGCCACGCAUCGAGCUGCAGGCUUGGGAGCCCGCGGCGGCGUUGCGCGGGGAUCCCCGCUGGACUCGGCUUCUGGAAGACGACAGCGAGUCGGACGACGGAGGUGGCGGUGAUGGUCAACCCGGGCCGCUGCCCCUGCUGCCCGGCGCCCGCGCCUACGUGAGCCCGCGGCCGCCCCACUACCGGCCUCUGGGCCCGGAGCUGCGGGCGCGCAGGUUGGAGCUGGGCGCGGAGCACGCUCUGCUGCUGGAUGCCACCGGCCAGGUGUUUUCCUGGGGCGCGGGAAGGCAUGGACAGCUCGGCCACGGGACGCUGGAGCCCGCGCCGGAGCCCAGGCUGCUGGAGGCGCUGCAGGGCCUGAGCAUGGCCGCGGUGGCCGCGGGUGGCUGGCACUCGGUGUGCGUGAGCGAGUCUGGAGAUCUGUACGUCUGGGGCUGGAACGAGUCUGGCCAGCUGGGCCUACCUGCGCGGGGCCUGGGGGAGCCCCAGGUGGCAGAAGCCCCCAGCCCUGGUGGCAACGCUGCUGCUGAGGACAGAACGGAGGCGGACACGGCCCCCUACAUCGCCGUGCAGCCUUUUCCAGCCCUGCUGGACCUGCCCUCCGGCUCAGAUGUCAUUGCGGCCAGCUGUGGGUCCCGGCACACAGCGGCCGUCACACGUACAGGGGAGCUGUACUCCUGGGGCUGGGGCAAGUACGGGCAGCUUGGCCACGCCGACACCACCAGCCUGGACCGGCCCUGCCGCGUGCGCUACUUCAAGGAGCAGCGCCUCCGUGUGCUGUCUGUGAGCUGUGGGGCCUGGAGCACGUUCGUGUGUGCGGAGGAGGAGCCGAGAGCAGCCCCGUGAGCCCAAAGGAGCCGAGACCUCACCAGCACGUCACCAGCCUGCAGCUCCCACACACGCACCUCAGCGUCGCUUGGGAGCGCGUCGCUCGGGAACUCGGUGCUCGUCUGGGGUCCUUGUGGUCUUUGCUCCCUGUUCUGGGUUUGGGGAAAGCCGGUGCCCCCGCCUGAGCUCUGCUUUCCGGCACGGUCCUCUCAGCCCACUCUCACUUAGGGGCCUACAGACACUUCUCUACGACGGUUGUCCUUUCCUCAGUCGGUGGUUUAGGGCUGUUCCCUCCCUCUUCUUCUUGUGUUGCUUUGUUGCUUUUCUCUGGAGCUGCACUGGGUGAUGCUCAGGGCUGCUCCCCACCUGUGCUGGGACCAGGCUGUGGAAGGCCAAGGCCUGUGGUAGCCCGCCAGGCUCCAAUCCCAGUGUUGUCUAGGCAGUGACCAGGGGCACACACGGGCCUGGUUGGUGCUUGCGGGGCCCCAUGGCUGAGCUCCCACACAUGUGGGGUGGGGGUCUUGUGCUGCCUGGCUGUGGUGUUGCUCAGCGCUUUUGUUGGGGGCUUCCUGCGAGCCCCUCUCUGCGGUGCUUCCCUGCCCCGACCGUGGGCGGGAAUGCACAGCAGCCACGCUGGCCCUCUGGCUGCUGUGUCCCUGCCUGGCUCCACAGGCUCUGCCCUUCUGCCACAGCCUUCUGCUCUGUUUUUCUUCUGAAUUGAGGUAUUAGGGGGCCACAGGGGGUAAGGUGUCAGCCACAAUUCUAUUCCCAGUAUGGUAUUCUGAGCACUACUGGGUCAUUUCUGAGGUUAUGGAUAGGAAUAGUCAAUGAGCACCUGUGUGUGUGGCCCACACCCCUAAGAAAGGAAAAGAAAGUAUGUGAUGCCUUCCUGUGGUGCUGAGGGGUCUGCGCCAGGUCAUGCUCGACUUGUUAGGUCAUUGUGGGCUUGAAGGUUCCAUGUUGCUCGAACCACACAGGGACCACCAGGCUUGCACAGUGACCAAGCUCAGAAUCUUGCAUGGGCAAGGCUUUGCCCCACCCCUUACUGAACUGUUUCCUUUUGUCUCUUUAAAGUUCCUUUUAAAAUCACAUAAGUAAAAAAAAAAAUAAAAUAAAAUCACAUAAGUAAAGGGCCAGAGAGAUGCUCAAUGGCCUGGAGUGCUUGCUUGGCCUGGCGGACAUGCUGGGGGCACACCCCACUGUUACGCUGAGGACAGACAUUAUUUGAACUCUGAUGCUUAUGCAGGGAAUCGUGUUUGUAGUUGGUUCUCUUCUGUUCCUGUUUUGUAGGGUGGCCAUGUCAUGACAGGGUGUCAGAACUUCAAGUGUUUUGGGAGGGAGGAUCACCACCUGAGCACUGCUGGUGUUAAGAAAGUCAAUAAACACCCCCAAAUUGUUUGUACCCACUGAUGGACUGUUUGGACUAUCCUUUGUAAUGUGGUAGUUUAUUAUUGUUUUUAAUCCCCUCAACAAUACUUACUGGGCUGAACACCCAGAUGAUACUGUCGUUAGGUGUCUGUGUUUUUUUGUUUUGUUUUGUUUUUGGGUCACACCUGGCAAUGCACAGGGGUUACUCCUGGCUCUGCACUCAGGAAUUACUCCUGGCGGUGCUCAGGGGACCAUAUGGGAUGCUGGGAUUUGAACCCGGGUCAGCCGCGUGCAAAGCAAACGCCCUACCCGCUAUGCUAUCACUCCAGCCCCAGGUGUCUGUGUUUUACAGUGCUUAUGUGCUGGUUGCUUCAUCUUGGCCUUUUUUCACCUGUUACAUGCUUUCCUUUUUUUUUUUUAAUUUUUUUUUUUUAAUGUGGGAGCACUGCUAUUUUUUUUUCUCUUUUUGGGUCACAUCCGGUGAUGCACAGGGGUUACUCCUGGCUCUGCACUCGGGAAUUAGUCCUGGCGGUGCUCAGGGGACCAUAUGGGAUACUGGGAAUCAAACCCAGGUCAGCCGUGUGCAAGGCAAACGCCCUACCCGCGGUACUAUUGCUCCAGCCCCAGGAGCAUUGCUGUUUAUUCAGCUGAGUAAGCUGGAUGAUCCAUUGUUUUAGUUGACUGA